CGAGUCACCAUGGGGCACAACGGGAGCUGGGUCCCCCGGAACGCCAGCGAGCCCCGCGACCCGUCGGGCGGCGAGGCGGCGGGCGCGAACCGCAGCGCGCUCGGGGAGCCGGGCGAGGCGCAGCUCUACCGCCAGUUCACCACCACCGUGCAGGUCGUCAUCUUCGUGGGCUCGCUGCUCGGAAACUUCAUGGUGUUAUGGUCGACAUGCCGCACAACUGUGUUCAAAUCUGUCACCAAUAGGUUCAUUAAAAACCUGGCCUGCUCGGGAAUUUGUGCCAGCCUGUUCUGCGUGCCCUUUGACAUUGUCCUCAGCACCAGCCCUCACUGCUGCUGGUGGAUCCACACCAUGCACUUCUGCAAGGUCGUCAAAUUUUUGCACAAAGUCUUCUGUUCUGUGACUAUCCUGAGCUUCCCGGCCAUUGCCUUGGACAGGUAUUACUCAGUCCUCUACCCUCUGGAGAGAAAAAUAUCUGAUGCCCGAUCCCGGGAACUGGUGAUGUACAUCUGGGCCCAUGCCGUGGUGGCCAGCGUCCCUGUGUUUGCAGUCACCAAUGUCGCCGACAUCUACGCCAUGUCCACCUGUGCAGAAUUCUGGAGCCACUCCUUGGGUCACCUGGUGUACGUGCUGAUCUAUAACAUCACCACGGUCAUCGUGCCUGUCGCUGUGGUCUUCCUCUUCCUCAUCCUCAUCCGCCGGGCGCUGAGCGCCAGCCAGAAGAAGAAGGUGGUCAUCGCAGCCCUGCGCACCCCGCAGAGCACCAUCUCCAUCCCCUACGCCUCCCAGCGGGAGGCCGAGCUGCACGCCACGCUGCUGUCCAUGGUCCUGGUGUUCAGCCUGUGCAGCGUGCCCUAUGCCACCCUGCUCGUGUACCAGACCGUGCUCAACGAGCCCCACGCCUCCGUCUUCUUGCUGCUCACGGCCAUCUGGCUGCCCAAAGUCUCUCUGCUGGCCAACCCCGUGCUCUUUCUCACUGUGAACCGGUCCGUCCGCAAGUGCUUGGUGGGGACCCUGGUGCAGCUGCACCGCCGCUACAGCCGCCGGAACGCGGUGAGCGCCGGGGCCGGGGCGCCCGAGGCCAGCCUGGAGCCCAGCCUGCGCUCGGGCAGCCAGCUCCUCGAGAUGUUCCACAUCGGCCAGCAGCAGAUCUUCAAGCCCGCAGACGACGAGGAGAGUGAAGCCAAGCUCCUCGGCCCGGGGGACUGCCGGGCCAGGGAGGUGCCCAGCUCCUGCCCCGGGGGAGAAUCAGGGCCACCGUGUGCACCCCCCGUGCCACCGCCCCUGGGCUCGGUGGACUCCAUAUCUCAGGUGGCCCCCGCCACCCCCGCGGAGCCCGAGACCUUUCCAGACACGCAUUCGCUUCAGUUUGGCUUUGGGCCUUUUGAGUUGCCCCCUCAGUGGCUCUCAGAGACCCGGAACAGUAAGAAGAGGCUGCUUCCCCCCUUGGGCAACACGCCCGAAGAGCUGAUCCAGACCAAGAUGCCCAAGGUCGGCAGGGUGGAGCGCAAGAUGAGCAGACACAACAAAGUGAGCGUUUUCCCGAAGGUGGACUCCUGAACCCUCCAUGCUGGCGGCGGAGCGGCGCGGUCUCCCACGGCAACCGCGGCGUGGGCCAGGGCUUCCGAAUGGAAGGGGAAGCCGUGUCGAGCCCGAGGCCCCCUUGACUGAGGGUGUGUGUGCACGUGUCACGGUCACAUCCACGCUCCUCGUGGGGUGUGACCUGGGCCCUUGGAACACGUCCUGGGGGGGGGGUACUUUCUUG